AUGUGUGCUACACGAUCUGCUGUUCGUGAAUCUGAUUCAGACUCGAGGGAUUUCAGAAUUUUCAGUGUCAAGAGACUUUCAUACUUUAAGAUACCGUCGGAAUUUAGAGAGGGUAGAUGUCGUAGUGUUGCUGAAUUCGAAAAGCUAAACCGCAUAGGUGAAGGGACAUAUGGUAUUGUCUACCGUGCUCGUGAUACUGUGUCAAAAGAGGUUGUGGCUCUGAAGAAAGUUCGAAUGGAAAAUGUUCGAGAUGGUAUCCCUAUUAGCAGUUUGCGCGAAAUCACUUUGUUGCUAAGUAUAAAGCACCCGAAUGUUGUUCACCUGAGAGAAGUCGUUGUUGGGAGGAGCUUAGAUAGUAUCUUCCUUGUUAUGGAGUAUUGUGAACAGGAUAUGGCAAGUUUACUUGAUAACAUGCCUAAUCCUUUCACCGAGUCUCAGGUUAAAUGCAUCAUGCUUCAGAUUUUCAAAGGUCUGAGAUAUCUUCAUGAAAACUUUAUAAUCCACAGGGACUUAAAAGUCUCCAACCUGUUAAUGAAUGACAAGGGUCUUGUCAAAAUAGCAGACUUUGGACUGUCACGCCCUACUCAUUCCCAUAAUCCCAUGACUCCUUGCGUUGUUACAUUAUGGUACCGAGCACCGGAAAUUUUACUUGGCGAUAAAAACCAGACUAAAGCUGUUGAUAUAUGGUCAGCUGGCUGUAUUAUGGGUGAGCUUUUAUUACACAAACCACUUCUUCCUGGGAAGACAGAGGUUCACCAAUUGGAGUUAAUUAUUGAUUUACUGGGCACUCCGAAUGAUCAAAUUUGGCCGAAUCUUUCCAAAUUACCAGCAUUAGAAAAGAUAAAUCUGAAAAAGCAACCGUACAAUAAUUUGCGUCAUACUUUCCCAUGGUUAUCAGAUGCUGGUUUGCGUUUACUAAACUUUCUGUUCAUGUAUGACCCGUCUAAACGGGCUCGGGCUCGUGAGUGCUGUCAGAGUUCUUAUUUCCGCGAACAUCCUUUACCAUGCGAACCUGAUAUGAUGCCAUCUUUUCCUCAACAUCGAUUGAAGCGUAAGAAUUCUCCUGGUGAAUAUGAUAACAAAGGUGUUAAUCCAGCCCAAGAUCAAGCUGCUGGAUUAUUUGAUGCUGCCUUCGAUAGGAUUGUGAAGAAACGUCGAGCUUAA